UCACUGAUAGUGUUAUCUAACUUAUCCUCCGAAUUACUAUAAAUACUGUUUCCUUCACGAGGAAGUUACACUCACAGUGAACUCCAAGCUGCUAGCUGUUGUAUUUUGAGAACCAAAGUUUUCUAUACUUAACUACAAAGAUGAAGAGCCUACUAUUAGUGAUGCUGCUGGCCGCUGCAGCCGCCGCGUCAUACGUGCACACUGACACGGCGGAGGCGCCGGAGAUGACGGUCACGUACGAGGAGGUGGACGGCAGCACGGUGACUGAUGAGCCGGUCACUGCGGUCGCCUUGCGCAACAACAUCAGCGUCGGCACCAUCGGGAACAGCAGGCUGCUGGCCAGGAGCGCUCACAUCCGAGGCGCAGUCGCCGGCGGCAGGUGGGUACAAGACAUCACGUACCGCACCAACUCCGCCGUCCGGAUAACCGCGAUCCGGGUGAGACACGUGGGCACCCUGCAGGGCGCCACCUCGCGCAUCACAUCCGGAGGAGUGGGGAGCACCUUCGUCACCAUAAGGCUGCAGUCCGCUGUCGGCCGCGGAUACCACUACACCAUCGAAAUUUAUGGACGCUAAACUGAUGCUAUAAGAGCUUGACUUAUUUUAAGAAUAAUGGUGCUAUUAAUUUUAAGAAUUGUAACGUUUAUAAAUAAAUUAAAGAUUUAGAUGAA